AAGGAGGAGGAGAGAAAGAGAGGGAGGGAGGAGGAGAGGGAGAUAGGGAAUAGGCGAGAGAUAGAGGGAGGAGGAGGAGGAGAGGGAGUGAGAGAAGCAGGAGAGGAGCAGAGCCAGUAGCCAUGGGGGAGAGCUAUGUGUACCAGCGCCUCCCCUAUGCCAGGGGGGAGGAGCCGGAGGCAGAGGAAGAGGAGCGCAGUGACAGAGGGAUGAGGGCGAACGAUGCAGGACCAAUGCUGCAGUGUGAGGAGGGCACUGAUUGGCUGGCUGAGCUGCUGAGUGACGUGCAGCUGCAGCAAUACUUCCUGAGGAUCCGGGAUGAGCUCAACGUCACGCGGCUCUCCCACUUCGACUACGUCAAGAACGAAGACCUGGAGAAGAUCGGCAUGGGGCGGCCCGGUCAGAGACGCCUGUGGGAGGCGGUCAAGAGGAGGAGGGCUCUUUAUAAACGCAAGUCCUGGAUGAGCAAGCCUCUGCGUCUGGGUCAGCAGGUGUUUCCGGGGAAACGCCCCGACGCCGACCCCCAGGCGCCCCUCCCCCAGGGGGCGUCGGCCUGCCUGGCCCCGCCCAACGGCGCCUCCGCCAGCGAACCGGGCGCCUCGCUCACCUGCCUGGUCCGGGAGGCGGAGCUACAGCUGUUUGAACGCCUGGGAGACGGAACGUUUGGCGUUGUGCGACGGGGGGAGUGGACGAGUCCCAACGGAAGAGUGCAGUCGGUGGCGGUCAAGUGUCUGAAGGCCGGCCUGCUGGACUCAGAGGGUCUGGACGACUUCAUCAGGGAGGUGAACGCCAUGCACUCCCUCAGCCACCAGAACCUCAUCACCCUGUACGGCAUCGUGCUCACACAGCCCAUGAAGAUGGUGACCGAGCUGGCCCCCCUGGGCUCUCUGCUGGACCGCCUGAGGAAGCGUCAGGGGCACAUCCUCAUCGCCUCGCUCUGCAGCUACGCUGUCCAGGUGUCGUGCGGCAUGGCCUAUCUGGAGCAGCGGCGGUUUCUCCACCGCGACCUGGCGGCCCGGAACGUUCUGCUGUUCUCCAGCGACACGGUGAAGAUCGGAGACUUCGGCCUCAUGAGGGCGCUGCCCAAACACACGGACCACUACGUCAUGGAGGAGAGCCACAAGGUCCCCUUCGCCUGGUGUGCUCCAGAGUCUCUGAAGUCCCGUACCUUCUCUCAUGCGUCUGACACCUGGAUGUUCGGGGUCACCCUGUGGGAGAUGUUCACCCACGGACAGGAGCCCUGGCUGGGCCUCAACGGCAGCCAGAUCCUGCACAAGGUGGACGUGGAGGCGGAGCGUCUGUGUAAGCCGGACUACUGCCCCCAGGACGUGUACAACGUCAUGCUGCAGUGCUGGAGCCCCAAGCCUGAGGACCGGCCCACCUUCACUGCCCUCAGGGACUUCCUGCUGGAGAUGAUGCCCACAGACAUGAGGGCUCUGCAGGACUUUGAGGAGGAUGACAAGCUGCAGAUCAAUUUGAAUGAUGUCAUCACCAUCAUAGAGGGACAGGCGGAGCACUACUGGUGGGUGGGUCAGAACCGGCGCUCCCUGAGGGUGGGUCAGUUCCCGCGCCACGUGGUGACCUCGGUGGCGGGCCUGUCGGCCCAGCACAUCAGCCGGCCCCUCAAGCACUCCUUCAUCCACACGGGCCACGGGGACACGGACCCCCACCGCAGCUGGGGCCACGCCGACCGCAUCGACAGUCUGUAUUUAGGGAAUCCCAUGGACCCCCCGGAUAUUCUUGGAAUGGAUCCUUCCAGAGCCAGACCAACUAAACUCCCCAACCGUGCCAAGAAACAGCCCCCCCCUCGCCCUCCACAGCCCGCUGUUCUGCUGAAAAAGCCCUUCUACGACUCUGUGUUGGACAACUACGAGGAUGAGGACGACGCGAGUGCCGCGUCCGGCCUGAAGAGACUGGGCGUUUCCCUGGGCCUUAAGCUCCGCCCCUGGGAGGGGCCAAGCCUGCGAUCGGCUAAGAGCGAGGUGUCACUCAUCGACUUCACCGACGACAGCUUCAGCUCCACCACGCCCUCCCCGCUCACAGACCCCCGACAGCUGGACGAGGACACACUGCAGGACAUGCCCUCAAUCCUGGACUGGCCCCUCCCACUCCCGGCCUACGAUGAGGUGACCACAGAGCUGGAGGACCAAUCAGACGACCAGGAGGUCCGCUCCAUUAACAGGGGAUUGGCUGAGGAUUCCUUUGCCCCGCCCAUCUCCGUAGCGGAGGGCAGAAGCGAGUCCCAGUCAGCGGACCUGUUCCAGGAGCUACAGAGAGAGGUGAUGGUGAAGCUGCAGGUCCCCAUGGCGCCGGGCCGCUCCCUCCCCUCCUCCCCCCUCCCCUUCUCCCGCCCCCCCGCCCACCGUCAGAUCUACCUGCCCACCCCGUCCUCCCCCCCUCCCCCGGCCUCCUCCUACGAGGACCGCCCGGUGCUGCCCCCGCGCACCCCCCUCCCUCCGCUCCGCCCCUUGCGCCAAGCCCCCGCCAAGCCCUGCCCCCACGUGCGCUCUAGCUCCGCCUCCCUCGGCGACGAGGGCCGCGCCCCCAAGCCCCCCAACCCCGACCACGUCGCCUCCUCUCCGCCGCAGAUCCCGCCGCGGGACCACCACCCCGCCUACUCCCAGCCCGCCUCCCGCGCCACCUCGCCCCUCCCCCCCCUGGCGGCCCUCCCCUCCUCGCCGCUGACCCUCCCCCCUCCCCCGCUCUCCAUGUCCCCGCGCCGGGCGUCGGCCCUGUGCUGUGUGGGGCCCCUGGGCUCCCUGAUGCUCUCCUCCCCCUGCCCCGCUCUGCCCCGCCCCCCCGCCCUCGCCACCGCCACCGCCUCCGCCUCCAACGCCCUCUCCUCCACCUCCUUCCUGGACCCGCUGGCCGGCCCCGAGGGGCGGGGCCUGUCGUUGUUGAUUGAUGGCUCCCAGAGUUCUGCUCCCGCCCCUCUUCCCGAGCGUCCAGGGUACCUGGAAAGGUACGGUGCAGCCAACAUGGCCGCCGUCAAGCCAAUAAUGCAACAGAGCAGAGCAAAGCCAAACUCCUCCUUCAACAACAACAACAACGGCGGUCAAACUACAACUCCCAGCAUGCAGCAGGAGCUGAGCGUCAAACAGGUGCAGGAGGCGGUUCACGGGGUGACGGUGGAGGAGUGCCGGGCGUGUCUGCUGGACCACGGCUUGAGCGUCCCUCUUUCCGUACAGCAUCUCAAGGUGGAGCAGUUGUUCCGGCUGGGUCUGAGGUCGAGGUCGGAGUGUGUGGAGGUUCUGGAGCGAAGCAAGUGGAACCUGGAGGAGGCCAGCACCGUCAUACUGGACACACACACACACACACUGCAGAGCAUGAGGAAGUGACAGUGGGCCUUCGGUAGGAAGGGCCAGUUGGUGUACAUUAAUGGGCACA